CAAAAGUUGAAGGCUACAGAACGUUUCCUCUGUGUUUGUUGAUAAAUAAACGCCUGCAGAAUCACAGCCGCCGCCAUUAUGGCUCUGAUUUCUACACAAAUGCAGCGGAAACGCGACACUGAUCAGAUCCAACAUGGCGCCUUUCUCUCCCUUUAAACAACCAACCAAUCAGCUCCGUGGGUGUCACUUUCUAACCAAUCAGAAUCUGCCCGAGGGGCGGGACUCGCGCAGCUGGGUGGAUCUGUUUUGGGGUGUUGGAGGUUUUGUGGAGCUGCGGGAGCUGUCGCGGUCAUUUCUUGCGUCUUUUCUCCGUCGAUCGGCACCGAUUUCCCGCGCACCAGCCGCAGCCAUGCCCGGGAUAGAGAAGCUGCCGAUAGAGGAGACUCUGGAGGACAGUCCGCAGACCCGCUCUCUGCUGGGAGUGUUUGAGGAGGACACUGCGGCCAUCUCCAACUACUGUACACAGCUUUAUCAGGCAAUGCAGAGGAUUUAUGAUGCACAGAACGAGCUCAGUGCAGCAACACACCUGACCUCCAGACUGCUGAAAGAGUAUGACAAACAGCGUUUUCCUCUAGGUGGCGAUGAUGAGGUGAUGAGCUCCACCCUGCAGCAGUUUGCAAAAGUCAUUGAUGAGUUGAGUUCCUGUCAUGCCGUCUUGUCCACCCAACUCGCAGACGCCAUGAUGUUUCCCAUCACUCAGUUCAAAGAAAGAGACCUGAAGGAGAUCCUCACUCUGAAAGAAGUCUUCCAGAUAUCCAGUGAUGAUCAUGACACAGCCAUUAAUCGAUACAGCCGCCUGUCCAAGAAGAGGGACAAUGACAAGAUGCGGGCCGAGGUCGUGGAGGACGUCUACACUUCCCGCAAGAAACAGCAUCAGACCAUGAUGCACUACUUCUGUUCACUGAACACAUUACAGUACAAGAAGAAAACGGCCCUGUUGGAGCCGCUGCUGGGCUACAUGCAGGCCCAGAUCAGUUUCUUCAAGCUGGGGUCAGAAAAUCUUACCCAGCAGUGGGAAGACUUCCUGGGAACCAUCGGAACCAGCGUCCAGAAUGUCCGUCGGGAGAUGGAGGAGGAGGUGGGGCAGAUGCAGCAGACCAUCCAGCAGAUAGAGACAUCAUGUGACACACUGUAUGCGCCAUGUGACCCUGACCCUGCCCACUCACCUGUCUGUCGCAACCUGACCAGGAAACAGGGCUACCUGUAUAUCCGCAAUAAAACAGGUCUGGUGUCUUCAUCCUGGGAGCGACAGUACUUCUUCACGCAGGGUGGUAACCUGAUGCAGCAGGGCCGUGGAGAGGUGGCGGGCGGGCUGGUCACAGACCUGGAUAACUGCUCCGUCAUGGCAGUCGACAGCGACGACCGCCGCUUCUGCUUCCAGGUCACAUCCUUCGAUGGCAAGAAAGUGGUGACGCUGCAGUCGGAGAGCAGGAAGGACUGUGAGGAGUGGAUCUCCACCAUAAACAACAUCUCUAAGAGGAUCUACCUGAGUGAGAAUGCAGAGGAGCUGGCAGCCAGAGUGAACCAAUCAGCUAUUGAGGCUGUGACGCCAUCACCGUCCUUCCAGCAGAGACACGAGAGCAUGAGACCCAGCAGUAAAGGACGUGUGGGCCGAGCGAGCAGUAUUAGCUCUGUGGGGUCCGAGCCAUCGCCCGCUCUUUCUGUACUCUCACUGGAUGCGCUGGUUGCCCCGGAAACACCCAUCCAGUUUGACAUAAUUUCCCCCGUCAGUGAAGAAAUCUCAGGGCAGAGCAAGACGGCGGCACAGUCUGGCAGAAGGAGUAAUCCGUUCGGAGAGUCUGGAGACAGCACAUCAGAAGACAGUGAAGAAUCGAUCCUCCACCAGCUCUUCAUCGUUCGCUUCCUGGGCUCCAUGGAGGUGAGGGCGGCCGAGUCAGCAGACGUCAUCUCUGAGACCAUGAGACAGAUCCUGGCCGCCAGAGCCAUUCACAACAUCUUCAGGAUGACUGAGUCCCACCUGCUGGUCACCUGUGACUGCCUCAAGCUUAUUGAUCCUCAGACACAAGUGACUCGACUCAGGUUCCCUCUGUCCAGUGUGGUUCAGUGUUCGUCCCAUCAGGACAACAAGAGGCUGUUUGGUUUCGUCUUGCAGCCAGCGAGCGGUCGGGGCGACAGCCGAGCCGUCUGCUACAUUUUCGAGUCCAACAACGACGGAGAGAAGAUCUGUGACAGUAUCGGCCUGGCCAAGCAGAUCGCCUUCCACUCGGAGAUGGACCGAAAGGCGGUGGAGAAGAGGAAGGAGCAUGACAAGGCCAAAGAGAAACAGCAGGAGGAACUCAGCAAACAGAGACAGAUAGAGAAGGAUCUGGAGGAGCAGAGUCGUUUGAUCGCCGCCUCGAGUCGUCCUGUCAACCCGCCUGCCUCCGAUGGACAGUUUCUAGUGCUUAGCAACAGCCAGUCAGAGGACAGUGACGCUGGGGACGAGGGGAAGAAGAGGGGCGAGUCGGACGCCUGAUGACACGCUCAGGAUGCAUGUUUUACUCCCCAGGCAGGUCCCAGCUGGUACUGUCGAAGCAGCAGCUCAGGAAUCAGAGGAGGGGAACGCCACCCGCCCACCGGGGCUGCCUGGGACUGAAAAACAUGCGCUCCCUCUAAAGGACUCCCAGUCUUGUGAUGGAGCCCGUCACUCUGAAAAUGGAGGAUAAACUGAACACACCCUUACUAUAGGAGGAGGAGGAGGAGGAGUGGGGGAGUGGACGAGGAAACGCCUCGUCACGGACUUGUGUUUUAUUCUGUGUGUAAAAACGCUGCUUUUUAUAUCGGCUCCACUCUCCAGAGAAGGAAAUAAUAUAGAUUAACCUGCAAGUUUCUGUUUUAUAUGAUUAUUUUAUAAAGAAAAGAGCUACGAAUAAUGACAGAGGAUAUAAAGCAGAGCAACGUGAGGAAGAAUUAACCAGGAUCUGACGCCAAAUAAUUUCACAUUUAAACAGGUCGCGGAGCUCUUCUCCUUCUUCUCUACACCUCUUCCAGGUUUCUUUAUAUAAUGAUAUUUAUAUAAACCCCAAACAUUUACUGUGGACCAUCUAACUCAAGCAAGUCUUCAUUGUUUACUGAGAUAAACUAAAAGUACAUCUAGGUCAAAAUUAAUUUGAAAAGAUAAUUUAUUUUCAUCUAAAUUUCUGUUUCCUCACUAUGCCUGUUUCUGUCGACGGUUUAAUAAAUAGAUUUUCUCUAUUUAAAAAUACAUAAAGUUCAGGCCGAGCUGAUAAAACUGUUUUAUUUUAUUAAUUCACUAAAUGUAAGUGCGUGUCCUUCAUCCAAUCUCGACUGCCAAGUAAUCGGCCGUGCGUUUCUCCUGACGUCACGAUAUUUAUCUGUGCUUUCACACGUGUGUAUCUGGGUCAUUGUUUCGGGGCCUGUUACGCUUUCCAUUGGUUUUUCUUCAUUAAUCCGCGUUUAUCCAGAGCGGCUGGCAGCGACGUGAGUGAACUGUAGGAGACCGACUGAAUAAGCUUCAGUUCGUAGAUCGUAGACUUUGCAUGAACAACGGACGAACCUCCUCAGUCAGCCGUGGGGAUGUUAACAUGCUGAAGACGUUUCUAAAUCAGCCUAAAACAAAAGUUACUAAUAAUGAUUUUAUUUCUUGGUUGUUUGUUGUCUUGUGGGAGGACGUUACCUCGAUGUAAGCGGGCGGAGGACUCGUGUUGGUGGAGCUGCACUUUAACAACAGACACAACACGACAGGAUGGACGGUGUUGAACUGUAAAUAUGUGCUUGAUGUUCUAGUGUCAUGAUUAAUAAAAGGAUUUACAGUGAUAAAUAAAAGACUAACUCCACC